AUGAUCCGGACUCCUAGACGCGUGUCUCCGGCCUCAGCUCGGGCUCCGGUUGCUCUGUCCUGCCCGCAGAAGAAGCUCCUCUCCGGAGUCAGGACAGAUUUGCUGAGCUCGGGACUCGCGAGUCCGCCCAUGAGCUCGGUGCCGCUCGGGUACUUCACACAGCUCGGAAACACACCGGCGACCGAGCGGAGAACCGCAGACUGUCUGUACGCCACUCCGCACGGUGCACGAGCUCAGAAUGGCCGCCAGCCCGCUACCCGACUCCCGGCAAAGAGACGACUGGAUUUGGAGGAUCCCCUCUAUCUCCCGGAUUUCCGCACACCCAAAGGAAAGGGGAACACGCCGUCGGCAAGACUCUCCAGCCCUAGGACACCCAAGUCUCCGGGCGAGCGAACGCGCUACGACACGUCCCUCGGCCUGCUCACCAAAAAGUUUGUGGGGCUGCUGAGCGAGUCGGCAGACGGCGUUCUGGACCUGAACUGGGCCACUGAAGUGCUGGAGGUGCAGAAGAGGAGGAUCUACGACAUCACUAACGUGCUGGAGGGAGUUCAGCUCAUCCGCAAGAAAUCCAAAAACCACAUUCAGUGGCUGGUUACCGGAGUGUUUGAGGGCUCGGCGAGUGCUUCGGAGCGAACCAAUGCUCUGCAGAGAGAACUGGCCGAGUUGGACAGGAAGGAGAACGCUCUGGAUGACCUCAUUCAGUCCAGCACCAAUCAGCUCCGAGAGCUCACUGAAAACAAAGACAACCAACAGUAUGGAUAUGUGACAUAUCAGGAUAUUCGGUCCAUAUCAAGCCUGCAGAAACAGACGGUGAUUGCAGUCAAAGCUCCUUCUGAGACCAAGCUGGAGGUGCCGGAGGUAUCCGAGGAGGGGUCUAUGCAGAUGUACCUGAAGAGUAAAAAUGGUGCUAUCGAGGUAUAUCUGUGUCCAGAAGAAGUGCUAGAGGAUGAAAGCCCAGUAAAAGGUGGUUCUGCCAGGAAAGACCACUCAUACGGUAUCCCACAAACGACUCACUUCAACACGCUGUCUCAUCCAAACACACCUAAACAGCAGCACGUCCAAGAAGCUACACCAUCUAAAUCUCAGUGCCUCAGUAACAUUAGCACAUCCACCCUGAUAGAUGUAGAGGGCAUUCUGGGGCUUCCUCCCAGCCUGUUACAGAUCACUGAAGAUCAGCUCCCAGGCACAGCCUUGACCUCUGACCCUUCAUUCGUCAGUUUCUCACCCCCUCUCGACCACGAGGACUACCUCUGGGGGCUGGAGAACGGAGAGGGGGUUUCUGACUUUUUCGAUAACUACGAUCUGGGGGAUCUACUCCAGAGCUGAGGACAUAUUCUUUAGGGUGUGAAAAUGGUACAGUCCUCAUGUGUGAAUCGGAACGUAACUCUAUGUAUAAUGGUUUAGUCCGAGUUUAGUUGUUUUUUUUUUUUAAAGAAAAUGUGAAGAACCAAGGAAAAGAAGUGAGUUGUGAUCCAUUUUCCAUUAUGAGCUAUGUUUUUUUUUUGUAUGUGAAAAUAUCUAUCCAAACCAAAUUGUAGAAAUUACUCCAUGAUCGUUCUGAUACUCAAACACACUAGAGGACAUUCACGGCCCUGUCUGUUACGUUAGAAUAUCGUAGGAUGUCUCAGAUGACAAAAAGGAUAUUUAAAUGAAAUUACCCCUUCUUCCCCAAUACUCCCGCUUUACAUUUUCUUUUUUUGGCUCUAAAACACCUAAUUUAACCUCACAAAAUGCCUGGAAAUGCACAAAUUCGCUGUGUUGGAGCAGAAAAAGACUAUAAUUUGUUGCGGUGGUUCAAUUACACUAAACCAUCACUUAUUUGCUAUAGCCAUAGUUAAUUAGCUAGGUAGUUAAUUACUUCAUUGUAAUAGAUAUUUUCUGAUAAAGAAAAUAUAUUUUUGUACCUUGUAAUGUAAUGUAGCCAAAAAAGACGCUGUAGGAAAUUUUGCUUGGUCCAUUUUUUUACAGUGUCUCCUGUAGAUGAUUUCAACAUGCAUUUGUUUUUUUAAUGUUUUAUAAAAAAUUUUUUUCUUUGAUUUUAAUUUGAAACUGAAUCUCAGGAAUUGCUGUCUUACCAUGUCCAAAGCAAAGCCUUUGUACGAUUGUUUAUUUCAUUUUUGUUGUAUUAUGAUCAUUUUGCCACUAGAGGGCAGCAGUGAGCCAGUAAUGCUCCGUCUCGAUCAUUCCUGUACUUCAGAUUGGUGCUUAUGAUGUUUUAUCUGGGAAAAUGGAUCUUUAUAAUACAUUUCCCCAUCACUGGGGUGGUGCUUUUACCUUCUGCACCUUUAAUACAUGCUUUUUCACCUGAAAAGUUUGGAUAUAGUGGCUUAAAACAUGAAUUAGUUGGAUAUUUUGGACAGUACACAAUAACACUUUAACUAGACACUGUAUGCUGCUUGCUAGGUGAAAGAUAUGUACUAAAGGUUGUUUCUAAAUUCCAUUGAAGCCAGUAUUUCAUUUCUGAGACAUGUACACGAUAUGAACUCGCAUAAUUCUGCCUGUGAAGUCCAGAACUAGUCUAAACCCAGAGCUUACGCCAUCCACAAUAAUCCAAGGAUAGCUCUCCAUGCGCUGUUCUUGCUACCUCUUAGGUUCGACCUAGGAACAAAGUGACGUGAGUACCUCACCACUUAAACACAAAGGAUACACAACUUUUCGGCAGCUAAGAGUUUAUCGAUGUGAUCCUUUUGUUUUGGUUUUUUUUUGUUUAUUUCUUU